CAAAGUUUGACGUGAUCGCCGACAUCAUGAGCCGUGGCAGCAAAGGUUGUAGCAGGAGAGCGGCACAAAGGGCCAGGGUAAGAUACUGGGGCAGGUGUAGAUGCACACGGUCAACAGCAAAUCUGGCAGCGGGCAUGCUACCACCUGGGUUCAAGAAGGAUUCGAGAACCUGGCUGCACAAGAAUCCCAAGCCCAGAUCCGAAGAUGUCGACAAGACUGCGGUGCUGAGACGCUUUCUGGACAACGAGAGGACCCACGAGGACUGCUCGCCUUACUUUCUCGUGGAACAUGCCGGCAAGCAGUUCAAGAAGGACUCGCGGACCUGGCUACACAAGUCCUCUCUUAAGAAGCAACAACAGCAGCUGAAGUCGCGCCGGAAGUGCCCGGGACCUGUCGCCGGGGAUGGCUGUCGCGAGCCGGAAUUUGCCCGCAGCAACACAGACGUGCGGAUUGGUCUCCAGGAUAAGCUUCGCCACAAGGGAUCCACCAUCCACUCAAGCGACUGCGACAUCCUCAGCAACGACCACAGCAUGCGCAACGUGCUGCGCAAGAAGCGGGGCGACACGGCGCUGAUGCACAACAUUCCUACUCGCCGACCUUACCGCACGCUGUCGGAGGAGCGCCUGGGGGAUGAGGUCAACAGCAUCAUGGCCUACAACUGCCUCAACACCUACAGCAACAGUGGAGAGCGCGUAACGGAGUUGGCAGACGAAACCACCCACGCAGUCCCAGGGGAAGACAACUGCAACCAGCAGCAAAGGAUGUACUUUGAAGGCACCCUCCCGCACAACAGGUAUCUCUGUUCCUACCCGUCCAUUGUUACAGACGACAAAUGGAGGGAGACGGUGAGGGUGAAGUCGGAUACCUCGUCGUCGGACAACUCCAAAGGGUCGAUGGAGACCUUGGCCCCCAUCUAUGAUGAUAUCUACAACACGAACGACAAAGGGGAGAGGAUUUCAUCCCCCGGCAUGCCUCACUCCGCAUCCGACAAGCUGUGGGUCUACCCGACCGAUAGCCGAUCGUCUGUGGGUAGCACGUGCGUGGAGAACGCGCAGCUGAAGAUGAUGUCGCUGUGCGCCUCCCCACCGGCAGUUCGUGCUCCGAUGGGCUCCAUAUCUGAAGAGGACCUCAAGAGCAGCGACGUCGACAUGUGAUGCCCACCAUCUGGACUCACAGCGUCGCCAACAACAGCAGAUCCUUCGGCGCAUGCGCAUCAGUCAAAGCUUGACCUUAAUGAACUUCGCAUCGGUCAGCGCUUGACCUUAAUGAACUUCGCAUCGGUCGUGCUGUGAUGUGUUGCAAUGUAAGAAAAUACACUCUGUGUACAGCAAGGCUGGCUCAGUUCAGAAUGUCUUACUCGAGUUACCUUUAAACGAAAAGAUAGAAGAAUCUUUCUUUUUCUUUCUCCACA